CUCAGCACAGCACCCCUGCCAGUAGCCUCUGCUUCGAACAGUUCCUCAAAUGCUUCCUUACAGCCUGGGGGGACGUGAGGCAGUGCCAAAGGGCACAGCAGAGUGGCAGCGUCCAGCGAACCUGGCUGGAACCCAAGCGGAGGCCGGCAUCCACUUGGCGUCAUGUGGCUGGUUGGUGCCUCCGUGAUAGUCCAUCUGAUCGGUGUCACGGCGGGUUUAACGGAGCUAGAGUUGCCCUGCCUGAAGCCAGCUGUGCCAUCUGCCAUGAUUGUCAUCCCGCCGGGUGCAAAUGUUUCCCUGCCUUGCCUGGAGGGGAAGCCAGAGAACACCACGAUUGUCCACUGGAGGUUUGAAGGGCAGAAUCUGAGUUCCCACCCUGCCAGGAAAGCAGUUCUAGGGUCCAAUCUUUUCCUGUCAUCGGUAUAUUAUAACGCUUCGGGUCACUACAGUUGCCAUGCCGGUGGCCGCCUCAUUCGCUCUCAUCGCCUCGUGCUGGAAGAACCGCCCGAAACGCCACAUUUCACCUGUCACCGGCGGAGCUUAGCCAAGGACAUUAUAUGUGAGUGGAAGGUGUCACGCCCGAUAUCGCCCCGCACCAAGGCCAGGUUGUGGGUGAAAAAAGGGUUUAGUGGGAGAAACUACACUGAACAGCAGUGCCGCUAUUACACCAAGUCUCAGAAAUUUUCUUGUCGCCUCACUGGGGUGAACAACGAAGACAACGUCGUCUUGGCGGUGUCCGCAUGCGUGGUGAACUUGGCAGGCACUGAGAGGAAGCGGGUGCUUCUUUGGUCCGAUGAACUGUUGAAACCAGAUCCGCCAGCAGACGUUGUGGCGACCGCCAUGGAGAAGGCCCCCCGGAAGCUGCAUGUGACCUGGCGUAACCCUUAUUCCUGGGGCUCCACUUAUUACCAUCUUAAGUUCCAGCUACGCUACCGGGCAGAAAAUGCGCAAAACUACUCUGAGGUCCCAUUUCCGCACGGGGUCACUUCCUACACCAUCUACGAUGCUUUGCAAGGCCUCCGACACACCGUCCAGGUGCGAUGCCGUGAAGAAUUCAACCACGGAAGCUGGAGUGAAUGGAGCCAUGAAAUUAGGGGGAUGCCCUGGACAGAACUUAAGGACCCCGAGUCAGAAACCACGUCGCAUGUCUCGAAGUUCCCCUUUGAUGAUUAUUUUGCCAGUACCAACAGGCCUGGGAGUUCCGAGGUCCCAAGCAACAGGGACAAGCCAACUGUGGAAGUUGCCGUGAUGGUGCCUCUUCACACCUUCCUCAUCAUGGCACUAAGUGUGACGGUGGGCCUUGCCCUGGUGGUCGGUAUCAUUGCCCGGUUCAGGAAAAAGCUGGGGCUUUUGACUUCUGGAGAAGGGAAACCCAGCCCCGUACCGUCCUAUUCCUUGGCCGCCUUGGGGCCUGAGCCUCCUAUGAGUGCCUCACCGCUUCUCUCCCCUCCAGACUCACCCUUCAGUGAGAGCUCCGUCGAUAGCCCGCGUACCCUGGACCAAAACAGCCCGUACGAUGUUUCUAAUGCAGACUAUUUCCUGCUUCCCAAGUAGUAUAGCAGAUGUUGGAUUAGAGGCUCCUUGGCAUUGCGGCACGGGGAGUGGGCACAAUUUGCCCAGAAGAAGCGGCGAGUCAAAUCGGGCCACGGUAGAGGCACCUGUCUGGUCUCCCGUGAUGUCUGUUAGUCCCUGCUCCGCUUGAGGGUGUCAUCGUUGGAAUAAUCGCAAGACUGCCCCCAAAGUACUGACACCUAAAUACGGUCUUGGCUUGGUCAUCCAACGUUCUUUUGACCAGCUGGAAGAUCCCACCCAACCCACUUCUUUUGAUCAUGGAGAAACAGAAGAUGGCGGUUAACGUGGUCAACCCUCCCGAUGGUCAUCACUACCAUCUCUACGUCGCUGUUGUCCAGGUGGAGAUGACUUCACAAGAUCCGGUCUGGUCUGAUGUUUUGUCUACCACGGUAGCUGUCAGAGAAAAUGGUCAGAGGUAGCAACAGACCCCCUUUCAUCAGGGCAUGCCUACAUCUCCCCUGAAUGAUGGGCGGAGAACAGAAUACAUUUCAGGAGUUGUCCUGUGAAGCUUCUCUCGUCUCCUGACCUUUGUGAUCUUAAGGGAGGUUGUUCUCUGCCAUGGAAAUAUCCUCCAUCUCUGAAGCCACAAAUUGAUGGAGAUACCCAGGACUGUUGGUGGUGUUUUACAAGCCAAGUUCAGGUCUCCAUAUCUGUGAUGCAGUUAAAUAAAUAACUGGGAUGGAUGGGUCUGUUUACCAGACUGAGUCAGUUUCGCACGUUUUCAUUCAGAUGUCUCUUCCAUCCCAUUUCCACGGGCUUGGUGAGAAGUUUUUGUACAUUAUUUUUGAACGUACUUUUCCCCACAGAGUCUGCUUUCUUAAAAAAUGCAUUAAACCACCCAAAUACACUUUUUUGAAUGUAUUUUACCCCAGGACACACUUUUGUAUGUUUUUUUACCUAAAAUGCACAUUUUUGUAGGCAUUUUACCCCCCAAAUAUGGCAUUUUUGUGGGCAUUUUACCCAAAACCUGCAUUUAUUUUUCCUACGGGAAGUAUGGAUCAGGCUUCUCCAGGUUAAAAUGUGGACCAAAUGAAACUGAAAGAUGCCUUCUAGCUUGUUGAACUAUCAGUCCAUUGGCAAAGUAUUGUCUGCUACCACAAGCAAGUUUUCAUAGCUUCAGGAAAAGAGGCGUCCCAUCACCUGUUACGUGAUCUAUUUUUCGAAACUGGAGAUGCCGGUGAUUGAAACUGGGAUAUUUUGUGUGCAAAGCACAGGCCUGUGCCAGUAUUUUGUGGACUCACUCUCCAAAGGGUGACACAAUAAUGCUCUCCACCCGACUGGAAUAAGAAUAAAUAAUUAUAAUAGUAAAGAUCCUCAGACAAUUGCAGCUUGAGCAAAUCGCCUCCCAUUAUAGCGCGUGAAUAAACCCGGGCCUGUUCUUGCUGAGCCAAUGGGAUGAGAGCAAAAAUGGCUGAAGUUCAGCUGUUCAUUAACCAGCGUGCUUUUUCUAACACACAGCCCAGAGUCCAAGUAGCCAUGGCCAAAAGGCGGAGCUGCCCCCGGGGAGAACUCCGCCUCUCUUGGAUGUGACGAAACCCGGUGUUACGUUGGCUGUUGGCUGUCAAACAACAGCACGGAGAUUAUCAUUCGUCUGCUUCUUUUUUUUUUUGCUUUUCUUUCAAAAGGUCACAAUGUGGGACAACUGUUCUGGUGAUUUUUUUUUGCUUUGAGUGCAACUUGACAGCCGGGGUGUUCUUUGCUGUUUCAGUGGAACAUGAACUGAACGUUAUGCAAAUCACCCACGGAAGAGACGUGAUGAAUUGGGAGACGCUCUUGCAGCCGUGUCCCGCUUGUGGAUUUCCCAUUGGGUUGGCUACUGUGGGAACAAAAUGCUGGGACUACAUAGGCCUUUGGUCUGAUCCUGCGUGGCUCUUCUUAUGAACUUAUCUUCUCGGCUUAGAGGAGGUUAAAAGCUACAUUUAUUCCAGCCAGGGAAACUGUGCCAAAUGACUGCUUUUGAGCCACUGUCUGUGUGUGGUUUUGGUACAUUAGUAUGUGUGUGUGUAACACUGUUCGUUUCUAGUAGUCAGACAUUUGAGGACAAAAGAGCCCUAAGUGGAAGCCCAGUAAUAAUUAAUAACUUUUAAUAGCCUUAAUAGAUUUAAAGUUGUUUAAUUCUUUCUUCUGGGUGAGCCCUUGCAUAAGAACUUGCCUGCUCAGUUUUCGUUCUGCUUCCACAAGUCAAAGGGACUAGCGACCUGUUUAGGUUUUAGGUUUUGUUCUGGAUAAGAAAGCAGCAAAUACAGGCCUCUGUAACGUCCACGGAGAGGGCCAGGCCAUCUCUGGCGACAGACCCGCCUGGCCUCACUUCUCUUUUUGGGUUCCCAGGGCAUAUGGUAUUGUGGCUAAGCACAAUGAGGUGUUGCAAUUGCAAGCAGACUGGUUUAUUUACAUGCCUGUUUCUCAAGGCAGAAUGUUCCCUAGGCUAACCGGCUGGAAAACACAGCGUUAGGCAAUCGCGCAUGACGCUCAGGACCGAUAAACACCUUAAAAUAAUCCUGUGGUGCCUUCAGAAGUACGACAGAACAUGACCACUAUACUCUGCCCAAAGAAUGUCACAGUCUGACUGGCAUCCUUGAGUCACUGCUGAGCAGCUACUCACUAGCAACAACAAGGUCCCAUAACAAGGAGACAGAUACAGGGACCAGACUGAUCCCGCAACACAGCCAGAUGUCAGCUCUGUCACCAUAUAUAUUCUGGAAACACUGACAGGACCUAAAAAUCUCAUGGAUGAAUGGAUGCAAAUUGCACAGCAAAAAUGCCAAUUAUUCAAAAAAACAGUGGCAGAACUCUUCAGUCUCCCAGGACACCCAGUGGUCAUUGCGAAAAGAGUGAGACGUUGAUGAGUUAGCUUUCAUGAACGGGUUUAAUUCUAUCACAGAGGCCUGAAUCAGGAUAAAGGGUUUUUUUAUUAUUAUUUAUCACACUACAUGGUUUAAUUGGCUUACUUAGUGCCACGAUGCAACAAAAAUGGUACUGUGAAUGACUAUUGAAUAAUAUGGUUGCCGCUGUCAGUACUUUCUGCAUUUAAUUUUCUUCUGACCUCAUUGUUUACAGUUCUUUCCCCCACACCCAUCUGCCACCAUAUGUACUGUAUAUUAAAUGGAAAUUUUCCAUAA